GAAAAGGUUGAAAACAUCUCCAACACGUUCAACGUUGAGCUCAAAAGUUGUGGAUUAGUCCGGUGCAGAGUGGAACCCCUGGGCUGAACCUGCCGCUUUACCAAGACACACAAUGCAGGACAAUUCAAGUCACAGUGCCACCUACACGGUGGCCUGCGAGGACUAUGUCCAUGUGGUGGAAUUCAGCCCUUUCGACAGUGGUACACCGGCCUCUCUUCUGGCUUAUGGGGGAAACCAGUAUGUGGUAGUGGGCACCUGCCUCUUCCAGGAGGAGGAUACGAACAUCGAGGGUGUUGAAUUUAAUAUGCUUCGUGCUUUCCAUCACGAAGUGCGUGUCGACACGCUCGCCUGGAGCCCCGAGUCUCAGCUGGACAGAAUACCCACAGUCAGAUUUUGCACCACUGCAGCUGACAGAAAACUGCGUCUGUUGACUUCUGAUCUUCAGGAUAGGCAUGAAGUCAAGGUGAUGGAGGGCCACACCAGCUACAUUAAUCAACUGGUAUUUGAGCCAACAGAGGGGAAACAAAUUGCUUCCGUCAGUGAUGACCACACUUGCAGGCUUUGGGACCUGGAUGGCAAUGAAACCACCAUGCUGAGACUGCGCUCUCCUGGUGUCAGCGUGUGCUGGCAUCCAGAGGAGAAAUUUAAGUUAAUGGUGGCAGAAAAGAAGGGGACCAUUCGUUUCUAUGAUCUGGUCACCCAUCAGGCCAUUCUGUCUCUGGACUGUGGCCAGUUACCACUCAUGUCAGCAGACUGGUGCCUCACUAAUACCAUCAAAGUUGGUGCUGUGGCGGGCAACGACUGGUUCAUCUGGGACAUAACCCGCUCCAGUUACCCACAAGAAAAAAGGCCAUCCCACGUAGACAAAGCACGGCUGUUCAGGUGGUCUCGAGUUAACGAGAAGCUCUUCUCCACCACCGGAUUUCCAGGGAAGGUCUGCAGCCAGUUACUCAUCCACCAUCUUGGACACCCGCAGCCGGUGAUGAUCGGAUCGACCACAGUGGGGGCCGGCCUGAGCUGGCACCGGACGCUCCCCCUUUGCGUGAUGGGAGGCGACCGAAAGCUUUCCUUCUGGAUGACGGAAAUGUAGCCGUCAUCGUGCAUCCCAGCAAUGCACGAGUUGUACAGAAAUCUCACUCUAGGUCCUCUAUUUCUAU